AGCUCAUGUGUGCAGAACCAGGAUCCGGUUCUGAUCCACUUCACUAAGAGCUGGUUGGUUCUGAAGGGGGAUCAGGUGUGUGUUUGGGCCGGAACCAAUGAUGCUGUGUAGGUCAUACCGGUUCUGAUGAGGUUCGGUUUGUGUGUGAAUGGUUCCGGCAGCGCCAGACUAAAGUUAUGUAAUGUUGGUUCGGAUGGACCGGUCCAUUUCUGGGGGGUUGGUGGGGGGUUGUCUCGGUUCGGAGUGAGUGUUCUGGUUUGGACCAGUGGACCUGCUGAAGUGUCUGAAGCGGUUCUGUCGCCCCACCCGUACUCAGCGUGACGUCACGCCUCCCUUCCCCCCUCCGCUCGGCAGCAGAUGGUUCGGUCCAGACGCGUCACCCAUUGUUUACAAAUCAAACGGCUUGUUUGUGUGUACUGAGCGGCCCGGUUCGGUUCGGUUCGGUCCGCAGAGAGAUGCCGAGUCUGAAGGAGAACCUGCUGGCGCUGCAGCAGGCCGUGGGCCCCGCGGACGUGGACGCGCUGGUCACGCAGAUCGGAGAGGCGCUGCAGCUCCACGGGGCGCCGGGGGGGAACCCGCGGACCGGGCCCGGGUCCUGCGGGGCCGCGGCGGGCCCGAACCUCCAGCAGAACCCCCGAGGCUGCUGCCUGAAGAUCCGGAACCAGCGCGGGACCCACCGGACCCGCAGCCCGUACCAGCUGCCGAGCCACGCGGAGCCGGGCUGGGACCAGAUCCGACCGUGGAACCGGAAGCGGGUCCCGGUUCGGGUCCAGGAGGAGGACCCGCACCGGCUGCUGCAGGAACUGAUUCUGUCCGGGAACCUGAUCAAGGAGGCGGUUCGGAGGCUGCAGUUCUCCCCGGACUGCAGGGAGCUGGGCCGGGCUCCGGACAGCCUGCCCUGCGCCUGAUGGGAGGAACUGGGAGGACUGGGAGGACUGGAACACUCUGAACCAGACUGGAUCCGAUGGGAGUUCUGGUUCCGUGUUUUUUAGAACAUGUGUCUCAUGGAGGGAACGUGUCGGA